UUCUUUUAUGACAUUGUAGAAUUUAAUGUUUUAUAAAACACGGACAAAUAGAGGUGUCAGCCCUUACCUUGGUUGGUUAGUGACUAAUGAAUACCCAACCCACAAAACAGUUGUGACAUCACAAAGUGGCAAAAUCUGAUCAGCUCAGUUUUUAUAUAAAUAGAUCAGGACAAAAAAAGAGAGUCUUUUUUCCUGAAACUCUCUAAAUCUACUAACAGAGAGGGAACACAGAUUAUGAAAAAGUCGAUUAUGGGUGAAAUGCUGCAUGUGUAAAUAAAUUGAAUAUUAGAGUAAAUCAGAGUAUUGCACAGUUAAAUGAUUGCACACCAUUUAAGUUAUUCAACAAUAUUCAAUUAAUGAUCUGUCAAUUAACAAACUGUAACUUUAAUAUUUUUUAUCUUAAAACAUCUUGUUGCGAUUUGUAUAAUGUAUAUCCCCCACAGUGUACUGCCCUUCAGUAGGCCAUAUUUAGAUGUCUUAAAAAAGUCAACAGAGGGGCGUAGACAAUGUCAGGACAGUGGGACCAAAAUAGCUCAUUGAUUUUUUUUUUUUUUUUACAGUCGCUGUUUGAAGAACAAGAGAAGGAGAAUGUCUCUAGCAGGACAGAGGCAAAGCACAGCCAUCAGUCAGUCUGUUUAAAUCUCUCAUUUCACAGGUCACAGUUUUGGAAAUCUGUAGAAAUUGUACCUGUCUAUGCUCUAAAUUAAAAGGAACCUCUGUAAAAGCGCCACCAUUGGAAUAAUCUGGUGCUAUAUCAUUACCGCCUUUUUUCCACAAGAUGGUACAAGUGGUCAACUCAAGAUUUGUCAAGUCAGACAACCUGUGAUUCAAGAUUUAGCUUUAUUUGUAUUUUUUAUUUAAUAAAGUGUGGCAGGUCUGAUGACAGCCGGAUGCCUCCACAUUAUCAAAGCCUGAGAACAAUAACCCUUUCAUGAAAUAUUGGAAAUCUGUAAUUUUAACCCUAAAGUAUUGAAAGACAAUUUGAAAGAGUGCACAUUCAUUAUACAAUCACUUUCAGAUUCCUUCUAAUUCACCAAAUGGGGAGAAACAGUAGGUGCAUGACAACAGGACAAUGACCAAAGUGAUCAAAAUAAAUAUAAUAAUAUAAAUAAAUUACGUUUGUAUAGGUUUGAAUGCAUUGUGAUGGACUAUCGACCAGUAAUAUAGGCUGCAGUUGUCGUUUGAUGACGUUUUAAAAUAAAAGUUUGAUAACAUUUCUCAGCACAUUUGAAACAGCUUGAAAUCCUUACUUCAUAGACCACUGUGCACGAGUGCUUUUAAAAAGUAAUUAAACUGUGCACCUGAGCUUGCAAGUUGAUUUUCAAAACAUUCCCAGGUAUCUUCAUGAGUGUUUCAUAGCAGCAUGUGAUUUAAUGCAUGACACUCACGCAGAUGUAAUCAUUCGCUGCUUUCUCUUCACCUUUUCUUGCCUGCAGGUCAACACCAGUGGGUUCGCGUGUUUAAACGCUGCUGGUGUUUUUGUUGUUGCAAAAUGCAUGGAGGCUUCAUCCUGCGCACUUGAUCCGUGACACGGGAGGUGGGGAGGGCCCUCGGGGCGAGCACACCCCUUAACGCCUGUGUCAGAGUAUUUCAGAACAGAGGCCAGUAUUUAGUCAUUCUGCAUGAAAGCUGCAUACACACACUUGUCCGCUCCAACUUGAGGACUAUAGGAAGACGUUUCCUGCGGAUCCGAGGACCACAAUUUGUGUUUUUUUUUACUCUUUGUAGAAACUGUGCUUCGCGACCACGGGAUACUUUUAAGCACAGUUCUCUGACGCUCACAAGGACAAUGCCUCGAUCUUUCUUGGUCAAAAAGUACUUCGCGAAACAAAAGCCAAACUACAGUGAACUGGUAUGUCACAAUGACACCUCAAUGGAGAGGUAUCCCCUCGCUGAGCUCUCAGCCGGGGACAACACCUGCUUCACUGGUCUGGUGUGGGACCUGAGCGUCCUGCCCGCCCUCUACCUGCCCGCCUCCCAAACAGAGCCCUCUGCCAACCCCGGGCCCCUGGAUCUCAGCUCUCCAUCCAGCCUCAGCAGCAGCGCCAGCAGCUGUGGAGAGGAGGAUGAAGGUCGCACUUCAGACCCCCCAAGUCCAGAACCAGUCCACACAUAUGCCCCUCGCCAGCGGAUGAAAUGCACCGGCGUCAUGCCUCACAUCAGCCCCCCUGAGGAGGAGGAAGAGGAGGAGGAGGAGAGGCAGGCCCCCGCCACAGCAGCCAGACCGGCCUUCCUCUGCAAACACUGCCCUAAGGAGUACACCAGCCUCGGGGCCCUGAAGAUGCACAUCCGCUCACACACACUCCCCUGUGUGUGCACCACCUGUGGAAAGGCUUUCUCCAGGCCGUGGCUGCUGCGUGGUCACAUCCGCACACACACAGGUGAGCGUCCGUUCUCCUGUCCCCACUGCAACCGGGCCUUCGCCGACCGCUCCAACCUGCGAGCUCACCUGCAGACUCACGCCGAGGUGAAGAAGUACCAGUGUGGAGUCUGCUCUCGCACCUUCAGCCGCAUGUCGCUGCUGCAGAAACACAGCUCCUCCGGGUGCUGCUCCUCCGCGGUGUGACCCGCCACAGAGACAAGAGGGUGACAAUCAGAUGCUCAGGAUGGUGGAUAGCAAGUGGCCACAGAGAGGGAGUCCACACAAGCUGGCCUGAUGACGACCUGCGAGGCCACAAAGAGCAUGAAGUGGCCUUCUUUAAAAGACCUGGAGGGAAUUAAGCCUCAUUAAAGAUCUGACUUUACAAGCCAAAAUGACUUUUCAAAACAUCUGAAGAGGAGAUUCUUUUUCUUCCAAUCUAGACUCAGGUUUUUAUGGCCGGACCAAAUUUGAAACCGAGCAACGCCGGCACUCACUCGAUAUCAGCCCCCUUUGUUGCUUUUCUGCCCGUUUCCUAAAGACCAAAUAUGUAGUGGACUCAUCGGGGUAAGAGGUGUUCUUUCCUGUCUCCGUCCUGGUGCCGGCCAGCUCAGGAUCAUAGCCUAGACACAGCUGCUGAGAGGUAGGGGUGCGUGGGUGGAAUAAAUCUUUCAGCGUGCCUCAAAACACACACACACACACGUACACACAGUCACACACACAAAAAAGCAAAUGCACACACAGCUGUCCCUGGUACUGUGGUGUAGAUAGACGAGGUGCUAACAGGUGCUACAGCCAUGACUUUCGGCCGCUGAUAGCAGGUGACUUCCACUGCCCUUGGUUUGCUUAAGAAAAAAAAAGAGGAAGCAUGUCAUCACAAAAGAAUGGCAUCAGUUAAGACCUUUUUUUGCCGGCGACGAUCACUUUAAGCCUCUAUUUUGUCUACAUCCAAACCUUCUCUUUUAUCUGAUGAUUUUCACAGAUAGGAAAAGCCAUGCUGUCUGUUUUUUUCCAAAGAAGCUUCACUUUGCAAGCGCCACCGCAUCGCGGAAGACAAUGCAAGCCAUGCACUCAAGGUUACCACAGUGUUAAUAAUACCAGUCAAAAGCCAUAUUUUGUAACUUAAAUGAAUUUGUGCCUUGAAAUUGUGUUACUUUUGAAACCAAAAAUGUGCCUUUUUUUUACCUCAGUUAGUAUUUGUGGAAAUAAAAUUGAAUGCAGUAUUAGUAGAAAUUAGCGCCAAAACAGUUUGAAAACGCAAGAAGGCUGGGACCAAAGAUGUUUAAGGUUUACACCAUGGAGACAUGGUAUACUAAUAUGUGAUCAGAAGCCUGGUGCAGUACAAAGAAGAUUUUUUAAACUUUCCUAAACCUUUUUAUGGCAGUGUUUUAUAGUGCAAUGUGCAGUUGACGAUGUUAUUUCAAUUUUUGUACCAUGCUUGAUUGUUCACUCCUAUUUCUUGUUUGUUGUAACUGAUGCAUUUUCAUUCAAUAAAGUAAUUUAUGUUUAUUAAAA